UCUGCCCAUAAAGAUAAAAAGAUCUACUUGAAACCCGUAUUUGCUCUUAUCUUCCCCUUCAAAAGAGUCGCUAAAAAGAGCCAUCUUUGCAAGCUCCAAAUCAAGCUCAUAAAGCUAGGUGUUCCGUCUUUUCUGGGUGUGUGAAAGGUAAUUUUACUGUUUUGAUGCCAUUGAGUAGUCGUUUCUCGUAUGCUCCGAGUAAAUUGAGGCAAUCUUGUAGUGGGUUCAUGGAAACUUCCUCUUACUAUUCAUAGAAAGAUGGCGUCUUUUCCCCUUGCUUGGAAUGAUGGGUUCUUGAUUGCCCAAGAAAAUUUGAAUCUUUGUGUAGGAAAUUCCAAACUUUUGGGGGGACACAGGAAUCUCUCCUUUUCACUGUCCCAGAAUUGCUUUAGCUCUGUUUCUUGUCCUCUUUUGUUGAGUUGUAGUUCGCAUAAACGUCAAAAUAGGUUGUUAUAUAGCAACAGGAUUAAGUUGGUGGUCAAUGAGAAGAUAAAUAUUGACACUCAGCUGGUUAAAAGAGGAAAGGAUGAACUUCGAAGGAAGUUUUCGUUGAGAUUGCGCCCUAGGAUAAGAUUAUUGUCAAGAAGAUUGAAAAGGGUUCAGGUCAGUUCGCUGCUAGAUGGGCUUGGGACAUUUCUGCGCAAGAAUGUUAAGAGAGUGACGCUUUCUACUUCUGUAUCCGUUGUGUUAGGUCUUUGCUUUUUGUUUCUCAAGAUAACUGCAAUGCCGACUCCGAAAGUUGUUCCAUAUUCGGACCUGAUAAUGAGCCUUCAGAAUGGGAGUGUGGCGAAGGUUUUGUUUGAGGAGGGUACUCGUCGCAUAUACUAUAAUACAAAAUUGUGGAAUGAUAAAGGUAGUGAAACUGAGGUAGAUAAAUCAUCAUCAUACGGUGAGAGUGUGUUGGAUAAUAAUGCCGACAAGGAUGUUGCACGAGAUAAUCUAGGGGGGAAAAAUAUGUUAGUGAAACUGACAAAAUCUCGAGAUUCAUCCUCUGCAUGGGAAUUCUCUACGAGAAAGAUUGAUCAUGAUGAGAGCUACCUUCUUAGUCUGAUGAGAGAUAGGGGGACUUCAUAUAGCUCGGCACCUCAAUCAGUUCUAAUGUCCAUGAGGGGUAUGUUGAUCACGGUGCUCACCUUAUGGAUUCCUUUGACUCCUUUAAUGUGGCUUCUUUAUCGUCAACUUUCUGCUGCCAAUAGUCCUGCCAAGAAAAGAAGACCUAGCAACCAAUUGGUUUGCUUUGAAGAUGUGGAGGGUGUUGAUUCUGCAAAGGUGGAGCUGAUGGAGAUAGUGUGCUGCCUCCGUGGAUCUAUUAACUACAGUAAGCUAGGGGCCAAGUUACCCAGAGGUGUGCUGCUCGUAGGUCCUCCGGGAACAGGAAAGACAUUACUAGCCCGUGCUGUUGCUGGAGAAGCCGGAGUUCCAUUUUUUUCGGUUUCUGCUAGUGAAUUUGUGGAAUUAUUCGUUGGAAGAGGGGCUGCUCGCAUUAGAGACCUUUUCAGCGUGGCGAGGAAGAAUGCACCAUCAAUCAUUUUCAUUGAUGAACUUGAUGCUGUUGGUGGAAAGCGUGGGAGAAGUUUCAAUGACGAACGAGAUCAAACACUGAACCAGUUGCUGACAGAAAUGGAUGGCUUCGAGUCGGAUAUAAAUGUGGUUGUUAUUGCUGCAACAAAUAGACCAGAAGCCUUGGAUCCAGCUCUGUGUCGGCCUGGCCGGUUCUCAAGAAAGGUGUAUGUGGGCGAACCAGAUGAAGUGGGAAGGAAAAAGAUUCUAGCCAUACAUUUGAGAGGAGUCCCCCUUGAGGAAGAUGUUGGCCUUAUUUGCAACCUAGUUGCAUCUCUUACACAAGGCUUUGUUGGAGCUGAUCUUGCAAACAUUGUCAAUGAGGCUGCCCUGCUUGCUGCCCGUAGAGGGGCUGAAAUGGUAUCGAGGGAAGAUAUCAUGGAAGCUAUUGAAAGAGCAAAGUUUGGCAUAAACGAGAGGCAAACAAGUGGCAGUACAAUAAGCAAGGAACUAACGAAGCUGUUUCCUUGGAUGCCUUCGCUUAUGAGUAGAAACGAUACUAGAAGAGAUGGGACUGAGGGACCUCUGGGCUAUCAAACUUUAAGCUGAUAUAAGUAUGUUUCUCAUCUUUUUAUGUUUGCAAAUGGGCUGAAAUGAUAUUGAGCGCAUAGUUAUUGAAAGGAACAAUUGAUCAUCGUAGUCGAGAAUUUUACUUCAAGGAACGGUGGAUUGUGUUUCUUGUUACAACUUCUGAAGGUCAGCAUCUUCAGUUCAAUGGUUUCCUAGUGUUCUUCUAUGCUCAUAAUUUUGUAAUAAAUUUUUUGAUGAUAAUUUCAUAUUUUUUUUUAGUCGUAACA